AUGCAAGACAAUGGAAAGGCUGACUUUGAGAACGGGGAGAAGAGGACAUCUCAAUGGCAAAUACUGAUAUCGGCCAAAAUGAAAAUGGCCGUGGAGGAAGAGGAGGAGAAGGUGCACAGGGAAACAGGGCAAGAGAACAAGAGGUCAGAAGAAGGGCACAAAGUCAAGGGAGUAAUCAAAGGAGGAGGGGGAGGUGCAGACUGGCAGAGAUUUGGUAGAAAUGGUCAGCCAGGUGGAGCUGAACGAGAAGGCGAGCGAACCGGGACAGGACGAGCAGGUGCAGGGAGAGGAGGACACAGUGGGGACAGGAGACAUGGCGGGGGAGAGCGAAGAGAUGGUCGUAGACUGGGUUAUAAAACACUCGAAGAACUCUCCAAGGAAGAGCCGUCGGUUGUGGCCAUCACUCUCUCCUCAAACCCUGGCCUUCAAGCGCUCCUCGGUGAGGCACCAAUGAGGCCGGACCUAAUCCAGCUCCUCUGCCUGGUGCUGAGCAAAGCCUUCACUUCAAGGACAGACAGAGGCACACUGCAGCACCUGGCCGGCAUCAUAAAAGAUUCAGUGUUCUUCAGCACUGCCCUGCUUCACCACGUGGGAGGCAUGGUGUCUGAGUCGAACCCUGUCCGCAGAGCACAAUACCCACAGCAUCUGGAAAACAUCCUAGCUAUCCUCUCAGAGGUGCUCAAUGUCUUCCCUGCAAGCUCUGUCAAAGCUGUGAGUAUGUUGCUGACACUGCUCCAAGCCUCUGUCAACAGCCUGAGGGCAUCAGGUGUGGACAUCUAUCCUCAAACAGAGGAAAAAAUGGAAAACAUAAAAGGCCUGAUUGACCAUCUCCAGCAGAGAUCCAGGGAGGGGACCCUGCGCACAGACAGGGACACAUAUGCACUCCUAGCCACUGGUGGUGACAACCCAGCUGAAGAUCAGCAGGAUUUCAGGAGCAUACCGCUCUACCCAACUCCUGAGGAGUUCCACCAGAACCACAGGCCGUUUCUCAGAGCCAAUCUCACAUCGCAGCGUUACACAAACACCCACAUCUACCUCGAUACACACUACCGGUUGCUCAGAGAGGACUUUGUUCGACCGCUCCGGGAGGGAAUUCAGCAGCUCCUCCAGAACCAACUGGACAUGGGAAGGACCGAUAACCCAGCGAAGACAAAGCGCUUUGACGACAUCCGAGUGUAUUUUGACACACAGCUGGUGGUGCCAAAAUGUACACAGACCGGCCUCGCGUACCUUGUCCAGUUUGACGUUCAGCCACUCAAGUUUGUGCGCUGGCAGAACUCCAAAAGGCUGCUCUUUGGUUCUUUGGUCUGCUUGUCAUACGAUAAUUUUGAGAGUUUCCUGUUCGCCACAGUUUCCGAUCGAGACCCUAAACUACUGGAGAAAGGGCUGGUCCAGAUUAGUUUUACAGAGGAAAGCAGAUAUAAGCUGGCCAGAAUCCAGACAGAUCAGGUGUUUCUGAUGGUUGAGACCACUGCCUACUUUGAAGCUUAUCGAUACGUUCUUGAAGGCUUAAAGGAGAUAAAUGAAAGAAACUUGCCUUUUCAGAGGUACAUUGUGGAGUGUUCCACCGAUGUGAGAUCACCGGCAUACCUUAGAAAAACGGACGUCUAUGACCUGUCGUCUGUUGCUGACCCCGAAUACAAAAGCAGCAUGAAGCCCUUUCACAGCCUGGUGCCAGAGGCCUGGCCCAAAAUGGAGGAGCUGUUCCUGGAUGAGUCUCAGAUGAGAGCCUUUCAGCUAGCGCUCACCAAGGAGCUGGCAAUUAUACAGGGUCCUCCUGGGACUGGAAAAACUUAUGUUGGUCUAAAGAUUGCUCAGGCUCUGCUGACCAAUAAAAAGCUUUGGAAUGAGCCACUUAAUGUGCGCUAUAUGGAUGAUGAUCAUGAUGAUCUGGAAUUGGAUUUGAAUGAUCAGGGUGGUGAAGCUCCAAUGCUAGUUGUGUGUUACACCAACCACGCCCUGGAUCAGUUUCUUGAAGGUAUUCACAAGUUUCUGAAGAAUGGCAUCGUGAGAGUGGGAGGUCGCAGCAACAGUGAGGUCCUGAAACAAUUCAAUCUUCGAGAACUGACCCACUCACAUUACUUCAGACAAACACUGCCGUCUCACCUUCGAACUGCGUAUGGUCAGAUUUACAGGGAGCUAUGUGAGGAGGAAAGGGAAAUCGAAAACCAGAGUUUGAAGCUGGAGUGCUCUCUGAAAGGUGUGAUGCGCGAAAACUUUCUACAGAGGUUUAUUUCAGAAAUACACUGGGAAAGUCUAACAUCAACCCCUAAUGUUGAUGAGUUUGGGUUCUGGAAAAAGAAGACCAGUUUGAUGAUGGAGUGGCUGGGUUUGGGAUUGACCGACUUCCAGCAGAGGGAGACAGAGAAUGCAAAUUUAAAUGAAGAGCAAGUAAUGGAGGUGGACGAAGACCUCAUUGAAAUUGCAGAGGAAGCAGAACUGAUUCAGGCAGAGCGGAUGAUUGAAGACGAAUGGACAAUUGGUCCCAGAGGUGGCAAAAACGACAAAAAGAAAGGAAACAAGGAGUCUGUCAGAGAAGUGGAAGAUCUGUUGCUGGCCAUGAACCUGGACAAUGUUGACGUGCAGGCUGAGAACAGUCAAGACGGAUGGGAGAUUCAGCGGGACCAGAGGAAAAAGAUAAAGAACAAAAUUAGGAGAGAAUUGGGGAAGAGCACUGCUAUGACUGAAGAUGAAGAGUAUAACAUUUUCGAUGUGUGGACUCUUCCUCUGGAGGACAGAUGGAGACUCUACCGGUUGUGGGUGACACGCUACAGGAUAGAGCUUCGUACAAAAGCCCUGGAUUCAGAACGGGCCUAUCAAAAUGCAGUGGACAGACUGGCUGAUGUUAAAAGGAAAGAAAACCUUCAUGUUCUCAAGAAAGCUACGGUCAUUGGCAUGACAACAACAGGAGCGGCCAAAUUCCGCAGAGCUCUACAAGAACUACGUCCACGUGUGGUGAUUGUAGAAGAGGCUGCAGAGGUUCUUGAAGCCCACAUUAUCACCACGCUGAGUGAAGCCUGCCAACACCUCAUCCUCAUUGGAGACCACCAACAACUGAAGCCAAGCGCUACCGUAUUUGAUCUUGCUAAGAACUUCCACUUGGAAUUGUCCAUGUUUGAGAGGCUGGUGAACAUGGGACUGCCUUAUGUGAGACUUAACUACCAGCAUCGUAUGAGGCCUGAAAUUGCCCGUCUUUUGACCCCACACAUCUACUCUGAGCUGGAGAACCAUCCCUCUGUGUUGGAGUAUGAAAACAUAAAGGGUCUUAACACAAAUGUAUUCUUUGUGGAACACAACCACCUAGAAGAAGAGAUAAAGGAUGGAAAGAGCCACCAGAACACUCACGAGGCAAAGUUUGUUGUAGCACUUUGUCAGUAUCUGCUCCACCAAGAAUAUAAACCAGAACAAAUUACUAUACUCACAACAUACACUGGCCAGCUCCUCUGUCUACGCAAGCUAAUGCCUGCCAAAGAGUUUGCAGGGGUCAAAGUACACGUGGUGGACAAAUAUCAGGGAGAAGAGAAUGACAUUGUUUUGUUGUCUCUUGUACGUAGUAACUCACACGGUAAAGUUGGCUUUUUGAGCAUCCCUAAUCGUGUCUGUGUAGCUUUGUCACGUGCCAGGAAAGGCCUGUACUGUAUCGGCAAUGGUACAAUCCUGAGUGGAGUUAAACUGUGGAGCAACAUUUUCCACACCUUGAGAGAGGAAAACCAGAUUGGGGAAGCUCUGACCCUGUGCUGUCAGAAUCACCCAACUCGACAGGUUGAGGUUAAAUGUGCUAAGGAUUUCGAGCAGGCACCUGAGGGUGGCUGCAUCCAGCCUUGCCAGUUUCGUCUGGAUUGUGGUCAUGUUUGCCCAAGAGUUUGUCACCCCUAUGACCCAGAACACAAAGAGUUUAAGUGUAGCAAGAAGUGUGAGAAGACUUUAUGUGAUCAGGGACACAGGUGCAACCGACUGUGCCAUCAAGAAUGUCCAAAGAAAUGUGAAGUGAAGAUCGAGAAAAUCAUACCUCACUGUCAACACAAACAAAUGGUUCCUUGCCACCAAAACCCAGAAACUUUUACAUGCCAGGAGCCUUGCCAGAAGACACUCCAAUGUGGACAUCCAUGUGAGUCAUUCUGUGGAACCUCAUGCACCAAAGAGUGCAAUGUGAAGGUCAACCUAAAACUUAAGUGCGGACACAAACAGAAAGGCGCUUGCCAUUACAAAACAAAGACAGAGCAACCUGAAUGCAAAACCAAAUGUACGCACCAGUUAAAAUGUGGCCAUACCUGUCCUGGUACAUGUGGAAAGUGUUACCAGGGACGCUUUCACAGCCCCUGCUCCCACCGAUGUGAGCGUCUUCUAAUUUGCUCUCACAAGUGUAUGGAACCUUGUACUCGUGAUUGUCCACCGUGUCAGAGGCCUUGUGAAAACUGCUGCAUCCACAGUAAAUGUAUGAAGCCAUGUGGGCAACCAUGUGCCCCUUGUAUUGAGCCAUGUGCCUGGCAGUGCCCUCAUCAGAGUUGCAGUAAGCUUUGCCAUGAGCCAUGUGAUCGUCCCCCAUGCACUGAACCUUGCAAAAAGACCCUGGAGUGUGGCCACCCAUGCAUUGGUCUUUGUGGAGACAAAUGCCCAAGCAAAUGUCGUGUUUGCAACCCUGAUGAGGUGACAGAGAUUUUCUUUGGCACUGAAGAUGAACCUGAUGCUCACUUUAUUCAACUAGAUGACUGUAGACACAUCAUUGAAUUCACAGCCAUGGAUCACUACAUGAGCUUGGAUGACGGCAGCCAGGGAGAGCAGGUGGCAAUAAAACUAAAGGAAUGUCCAAGGUGUAAAACUCCAAUACGCAAGAAUCUACGAUAUGGAUCACACAUUAACCGCAGUCUGGCUGAGAUAGAGAUGGUAAAGAAGAAGAUAAACGAAGGACAACCCGAUAUUGAAGAACUGAGGAGUGCCCUUCAAAAUCAGUGGUCAACAAAUCUUCCCCUUUGUUUAAACCAUGUGGAAAAGGAGUACAUGGAAAUCCAAGAAAAACUAGAGAAAAAAUACAUCACAGUCAAUGACCUCUGGAUCCUGGAAAACAAGAUCGAUUUCCUGACAAGAGUAUCAAAACUUCUAAAAUCUCAAGAGGAAAACAUGUUAUUCAGUGAUGGCUACAGGUUUCGGCAGAAAGUCACCAUGUUCAUUGGUUGGCUCAAUAGCAAAAACCAAAAAUUCACAGACCAACAAGUCUUUGAUUUGCAUAGAGAGUUGCAAAGACUCAGCCUUCUGGCUGAACUUAAUGUUCGUUGCAACAAGGCAGACAAGAUGAAACAAACUGACAAAAUGCAAAUUGAAGUGCAAGAAAUCAGACAUGCUUUGGAGACACCUGGUCAGUUCACAGAGCAAGAUCAACUGAAUGUGAAAGAUGCUAUGAAGAAACUGAAUGAAAAGUUUCCACUCACAGGUUUGGGGAUUAGUGACGAGGAGAGAAAGAUGAUUGUCUCAGCAAUGAAAAUGCCUCCAGGACACUGGCACAAAUGUCCUAAUGGUCAUGUCUAUCUUAUUACCGACUGUGGAGGGGCUAUGGAAAGGCGAAAGUGCCCAGAUUGCAAUGCUUCCAUUGGCGGACAAAACCACAUGCUGGACAGUGGCAACCAGGUUGCCACAGAAAUGGAUGGGGCACGGCAUCCUGCUUGGUCUGAAGCAAAUAAUCUUUUAAACUUUGAUCCCCUUCACCUCUAAAAACAUCUUGGCGAAGCCGUUUAUUGCUGUGGCUCUUGAAUGCAAAAACCAGUGAGCAGAUCGUUAUACUGUAAAUACAUUUCACAAACAUUUUAAUUCAUGUUCAACUUAUAUCCUCUUCAAGUAUUCUGUGAGAAACAUUGUUCAACGUUAUGUUUAAAAUGUGUGUGCCCACAUUUUUCAGAUGAAAUCUACUUUUGAAAUUGUAUGUUGGAUUUACUGACUCUUUUCAUUUACCUGUUGUGAAUUAAAUUUACAGUCAUACAUCAGAUAAAUUGAACAUUUAUACCAUUUUAUGUUCCUAAAGCAUUAGUUCUGAAUUUAAAAAAGUGUUUUUUGUUGUUUUUUUUAUUUUUUGUUUGUUUUACUGGGAUACAUUUAUGAUGAUAAACAUGAAAUGAAUGGUAGAUUGCAGUAUUUGAGUUACUGAUUUGUUCAGGAAUGUUGUCAAUAACAAAUGUCUUGUGCCCCAACAAUAGGUGGCAGUAAAGCACUGUAAUUAAACACUGUGUUUAUACAUUAAUCAGCCUUGUUUGUGCAUUUGAAAUAAUAAAGUGUUAAAAGCA